CCAUGUUGCCACUUAUAACAGGCGAGGGCGCAGGCGGCGGCUCUGCUGCUGCGAGGGAGCCGGAGCGGCGGGCGCGCCGGAGCAGCGAGGGCAUGGCUGUGGCGGUGGGCAGACCCGCGAACGAUGACCUCCGAAACCUGUCCCUGUCGGGCCAUGUGGGUUUUGACAGUCUUCCCGACCAGCUGGUCAACAAGUCAACCUCACAGGGCUUCUGCUUCAACAUCCUUUGUGUUGGGGAAACUGGCAUUGGGAAAUCUACAUUAAUGGACACGCUAUUCAACACAAAAUUUGAAAGUGAUCCUGCCACUCACAAUGAGCCUGGCGUGCGGUUGAAAGCGAGAAGUUAUGAACUUCAGGAGAGUAACGUCCGUCUGAAGCUGACGAUCGUUGACACGGUGGGAUUCGGGGACCAGAUCAAUAAAGACGACAGCUACAAGCCCAUUGUGGAGUACAUCGAUGCCCAGUUUGAAGCCUAUCUGCAGGAGGAACUGAAGAUCAAGCGGUCGCUCUUCAAUUAUCACGACACCAGGAUCCAUGUGUGCUUAUACUUCAUCGCGCCCACGGGCCACUCACUGAAGUCUCUCGAUCUGGUCACCAUGAAGAAGCUCGACAGUAAGGUGAACAUCAUCCCCAUCAUUGCCAAAGCUGACACCAUUGCCAAAAACGAACUGCACAAAUUCAAGAGCAAGAUUAUGAGCGAGCUGGUCAGCAACGGGGUCCAGAUCUAUCAGUUCCCAACGGACGAAGAGACAGUGUCUGAGAUCAACGCCACAAUGAGCGUCCAUCUCCCAUUUGCUGUAGUCGGCAGCACCGAAGAAGUGAAGAUUGGCAAUAAGAUGGCCAAGGCCAGGCAAUACCCAUGGGGCAUCGUACAGGUUGAAAAUGAAAACCACUGUGACUUUGUGAAGCUGCGUGAGAUGUUGAUCAGAGUCAACAUGGAGGACUUGAGAGAGCAGACUCACAGCCGGCACUACGAGCUUUACCGCCGUUGCAAGCUAGAAGAGAUGGGGUUCAAAGACACAGACCCAGACAGCAAACCUUUCAGUCUCCAAGAGACCUACGAGGCCAAGAGAAACGAAUUCCUCGGAGAGCUCCAAAAGAAGGAGGAAGAAAUGAGGCAAAUGUUUGUCAUGCGGGUGAAGGAGAAAGAAGCUGAGCUGAAGGAAGCAGAAAAGGAUCUUCAUGAGAAGUUUGACCACCUAAAGCGGACCCACCAAGAAGAGAAGAAGAAGGUAGAAGACAAAAAGAAGGAACUUGAGGAGGAGCUGAGCAACUUCCAGAAGAAGAAGGCAGCAGCCCAACUAUUACAGUCUCAGGGCCAACAGGCUGGCUCUCAACAAACCAAGAAAGAGAAAGACAAGAAAAAUUCAAGCUUCACAUAAAGCCUGCCAAGUCAAAAAGGACGUUCCUGCAUUCACCCGCUUUUGUAGUAAUGUGUUUUGGCUAUCUUAUCUAUAUUCUUUUCUUCUUCUAAACACAAAUCAUUCUUAUUAACCUGACGGUAAUUGGAUGUGUGGGGGAGCAGGGGUAUCUAACCUCAUAUUUUAUGGGUAUGGGCCUGUCUUUGGUCUCUCAAGAGAAUCCAGUGCUAGACUUCCCUGAACUGGGAGUGAGGCCUUGAUUGUAAUACAUUAAAUUUUUGAUCUUAUUUACAUUUUA